UAUCAUCCUCUCUGAAAAAUUCUUCUGAUCAGAGAUUAGUCCAUACAAGGAGAAGAUGCCAACAUACAACUUAAGAGGGAUCAAUGUGGACUUUCCAUACGAGGCAUACGAUUGCCAGCUCGUUUACAUGGAAAAAGUCAUUCAAGCUCUUCAAACUAAAUCUAAUGCACUGCUAGAGAGCCCAACUGGAACUGGGAAGACCUUGUGUCUUCUCUGUGCUACAUUGGCAUGGAGAAAGAGCCUGGGUGGUUUCUCUAGAGGUAGAAGUGAAAGAAGUAGUCAACUUAGCAGUCAGGAUCCAGAUGAAUCAUCCAGGGAAUCACAAUCUUCAAAGUUGCCUACUAUCAUUUACACAUCACGCACCCAUAGCCAACUUCGUCAAGUAAUUCAAGAGUUGAAAAGUACCAAUUACAGGCCCAAAAUGGUAGUUUUAGGAUCUCGGGAGCAAUUAUGCAUUCACGAAAAAGUUCGUUCACUUCAUGGUAAAGCACAGACAAAUGCUUGCCAUGCCCUAUGUAAAAAGCGCAAGAAGCAUUAUUGUGCCCAUUUCUCUCGUGUUUCAGAAUUCUUGAGGAGUAAUCCUGGUCUAGGCGACGAACCUGUUGAUAUAGAAGACUUGGUCAAUAUUGGACGAAGUUGUGGACCGUGUCCUUAUUAUCUGUCAAGAGAGCUUCACAAGGUUGUUGACAUCUUAUUUACGCCUUACAACUAUCUUAUUGAUCGUGGCUACAGAAAAACUUUGAACAUUGAGUGGCAAAAUAGUGUAUUGAUCUUUGAUGAAGCACACAACUUGGAAGGAUUGUGUGCUGAUGCUGCCUCUUUUGAUCUGCCCUCAAGCCUUCUGUCUGCUUGCAUUUCUGAGGCAAAAAGUUGUGUGGACCUUUCAAUUUCUCGGAGGGAUAAGUCAAAUGAUAAAUCUUGCAAACCAGAUAAUUUUGCUAUUCUAAGAGCACUUCUUCUGAAGCUUGAGAAGAGAAUUGCUGAAGUGCCUAUAGAUUCCAAAGAAUUGGGGUUCACAAAACCUGGGCCCUACAUCUAUGAGCUGCUUGCUGAUCUAAAUGUCACGACAAAAACUGCCACCAUGUUGAUUGAUAUAAUCGAUGAAGCAGUACUACUUCUUGAGGAAGAUGCAAAUAUCUCUGACGAUGGAGGCCAGAAGACAAAAGGGACUGUCUGCAGAUUAGAAAGCAUGGGGGAUAUAUUUAAAUUAAUAUUCAGAGACAAUUAUAGUCAUGCUAACAACUAUCGUGUUCAUGUUCAGGAAGUUGAAGGAAGUACAUUAGAUGCCUUUAAAGGCAAGACCUCAAGAAUUCUUAGUUGGUGGUGUUUCAAUCCGGGAAUUGCAAUGGAAGAAUUCUCCAGAUUUGGUGUUAGAUCUAUAGUUUUGACAUCUGGCACAUUAUCGCCCAUGGAUUCAUUUGCUGAAGAAUUGAAACUGGAAUUUCCCAUUCGUUUGGAGAAUCCUCAUGUUAUAACAGAAAAUCAGAUAUGGGCAGGAGUUGUGCCAGCCGGUCCAUCUGGUUAUGCUUUUAACUCUUCUUAUAGGAGUCGUGAUUCGUUAGAAUACAAACAAGAGCUUGGCAAUGCCAUUGUCAAUUUUGCUCGAAUUGUGCCCAAUGGACUUCUCGUGUUUUUCCCAUCUUACUACCUUUUGGACCAAUGCAUUGGGUGCUGGAAGACAAUGGGUCAUACAAAUUUAUCAAAUUCUAGUACAAUAUGGGAGAGAAUCUGCAAACAUAAGCUUCCCGUUGUUGAACCUAGACAAUCAUCUCUUUUUCCAAUGUCGAUAGAAGACUAUAUGACCAAGCUGAAAGAUAAAUCAGCUUCUGGGGCUGUAUUUUUUGCAGUUUGUCGUGGAAAGGUCAGUGAAGGGCUGGAUUUUGCUGACCAUGCUGGAAGAGCUGUGGUCAUCACCGGCAUACCAUUUGCAACAAGGACUGAUCCUAAGGUUCGUCUAAAACGCGAGUAUUUGGAUGAGCAUGCCCAGUUGCAACAAUUAGGACAAAAGAAUUCACAGGCUCUGACUGGAGAAGAAUGGUACAGCCAACAAGCAUCUCGGGCUGUAAAUCAGGCAGUUGGUCGUGUCAUACGUCAUCGGCAUGAUUAUGGAGCAAUUAUAUUUUGCGAUGAAAGGUUCUCAAAUUCAAAUCGUCAAUCCCAAAUGUCACUUUGGAUGCAGCCUCAUGUCAAAUGUUACUCUAAAUUCGGGGAUGUAGUCUUUACAUUGACUCGUUUUUUCCGCGAUGGAGGAAUUUGUGGUCCUACAAAGCUAGAAUUGACCCGAAACAGCUGUCAAGGAAAUGUGGAAAGCUCUCAGCCUUUGGACAAACUUCAUUCUGACAAGCUUCUGACCACAGAUACAAGUUGCACUGUGGUUUCAGUAUCAUCUCCAAAGAAACGAGGCACAAGUCUUAGCCAUCUGACAGAAGUAGUUCCUGCUAAUCGUUCAUCUUUGACGUCACACAAGCUAAAUAUUGGCUUAAAACUUUCCAGUAAUGCAAAUCUGUUAAGCCAUUUGAGCACAAACAUGCAAUGUAGCUUUAAAGACGCCGUUGGUUCUACCAAUUACGAUUUGUCAGGCACAAAAAGUGGUCAAUGCAUUGCACCUUGUUCUCUGAAGAAACCUAGAUUAGUAAUCACAGGACAUGAACAGACUGAAAGUUUUGAGAAGUCUGAUGAGCCUUCCUGCUCCAGAGAAAACAGUCAUGCGACAAGUUAUUCGACUGGUUUUUUGAAAAAUGAGAAAUUACAGUGGUUUAAUGAUAGAAGCAAGCAAAAUGCGCAAGAUAGCAGAAGGCUGCUUGAAAGUGAGGUGAAAGUGAAAAUCAUGACUAGCACGUCUAUUGAUCCAAAAGAUAAGGAAAAGAACUCUGCCUCUACAGCGUCUAAUGAUGAAGAGAGAAAAGGAUCAGCUUUUCUGAUCCAGGUCCAAGAAAAGCUUACAGACGCAGAAUACAAGGAAUUUGUCAGCUUUAUGAAGGCACUGAAGUCUAAAGCAAUGAAAAUUGGGCAUGUUUUGGAAUCCAUUGCGAGGUUAUUUUCUCUUCCAGAUAGGCUUCCUCUUUUACACGGAUUCAAAGAUUACAUUCCCGCAAAGUACCAUUCCAUGUAUGAUCACCAUGUGCAGGCUAAUCAGAAUGUUGCUGGUCUUUGAGGCGAGGCGAGGGACACUUUGCUUGCAUGCCUUGGGAAGUAGAUAACUCUCUUUGCCAUGUAGUACAUACUGUCCUGUAACGUUUUACUAAAGCAAUGUAGAAAAUUUUGCCCCAUCAUCAAAAACUUUGCUUGUCCCUGUAGCCUGCGGAAGUUUCUACCAUUACUUCUAGUCAGACAAAGAGGAACCACAGAAAGGGUAAAGGUCUACGUUUUUGUCAUGGAACUUGCUGUAACUGGAAUUUCUCGUGUAAAAUUUCAAUUUGUUAGUUUA